AUGGCGGCGGACGACUUCCGAGACGUGCUGCUCGAGCUUGAGCGGCUCGAAUCGGGGGACAAGCACAUCAGGAAACGGGCGCUGGAAAACAUCUGCUCAGCAGUGAACGCGAUGCACGGCGACCUGCCCGAAAACAAGCGCAAGGUGCUCGUGUCGGUCAUCAUCCGUCCCGUAAUCGGCGCGCUCACCGACCCCACUGAGCGGUGUCGCGAACUCGGCGCUCAGUUGCUCCUCGACAUCACGUCGGUGCUGCCUCUCUCCGACGACGUAGUGGCCCUGAUCGUGCCGGCGCUGCGCCGACGCCUGCUCGCCGGCAGUGAGCCGGUCACGAGCUGCGCCGGCGAAGUGGCCGAGGAAGUGCGCCUUCUCGAAGCUCAGGCGCUCACGCGGACGGUCAUGGGCGCUGGAUCGAGGUGCGUGUCUCACCUGAACGACAUCGUCAUAACGCUGUGCGCCUGUCUCGUGGACCCAUUCGUGGAAGUGAAAAAGGAAGCGUGUCGCUGCGCCGUUCAGUUGGAAAAGGCCGUGCCCAACCACUUCCACCUGCAGUGCGACUCCAUGCUACCUGCGCUCGUUCAAGCGCUGCGACAUCAGCACUCAGCGCUUCGGACGCUUGCGGUGCAAGCGUUAGGCCCAAUUCUUGAGCAGAAUGACUGCAACUCACUCACGCCUACUGUCAUCUCAUCAGUGGCAGAGCUCCUUGAUGAUCGCUCGCCUGCCGUCCGGAUAGCUUUGGCCACGGCAGCGGCUAGAUGGGUGGCUAAAACUUUUGGACCGGUGGCGCUGCCCAUUGUGCUUAUAGCACUUGCAGAUCCUGUUGAAAGUGUUAGUGCCAAAGCAAGUGACCUCUGGAAUGCAGUCGGAAAACUGUAUGCAACUGAUCAGUCAUUGAGGCCUGCUGUCGAGAGUGAGGGCUGUCGGCUUCUGGUCCAAAAGCACCUUCCAUACCUUAUGGGCGUGACACAUGACUCCUUACAAGGCUGGCGGCUGGAAGAGCAGCUACGCGCAGCUAAGCUCCUGUGUGAAGCCUUCCGACACGCCGGGGCGCACGCAGCGCCUCACCUGUGCUCAUUGCUGCCCACGCUCACAACUGUGCUCUGCCGGGAUGAGCAGGAUCUCAGGCACUGGCUCACAAAGAGCCUGGAAACGUGCGCCCGGUGGGUGGACCCUGAGAGCUGGCUGGAAGCCGUGUCGGUUCCCUUCUCAACAGGCGCACUGCAUGCUUUGGCUGCGCUCGUACGACCCAGUCCACCCGACCGGCUGAGGCCUUACGCACAGCAGUUUUUUCCCAUUCUGUUUGAGUACUCGGGUGCUGCGGCUGAUACAAGGAGCCAACUUGAGGUGCUGGGAAUCAUGGAUGCUCUGCUGUCAUGUGUGUGUGACCCCAUGGACCUGUCGGUGAAAGAGCUGCUGUCCUGCUGCUUGAGUAUUCGGGCCUGCUCUUCUCAGGACGAAUGCGUCGCCGAAAAGGUGUCGAUGCUGCUGCGGCAGCUUGCGGACAUGCUCAACCUCCCCUGUGUGGAGGACAUGUGUGUUGGCUACGGCAAGGACAUGAUCCAGGACCUGUCGGAAAACCGGCCACACACCAAGACAACACAGUGGGAUGCCGUGCGGGAGCUCGUCUCACUUGCAGGUCCACAGAGUGGAGACCUGGUUCCCUCGCUCGUCGCGCUGCUCAACGCAGUUCAGCGGCGGCCGGAGUGGCAGCCCCAGGCAGCCACGGUGCUCCAACAGGCACUCUCCUUUGGCCGGAUGCCCCCUCAGUGCACCAAUGCGGCGCUGCAAGCCCUGCUUCCGCUGCUGACCGCUGCGGGGCGACCAAGUGUUCCGGCACGGACCUCUGGGCUGCGAUGCCUCCUCCAGCUUCUGGAGUGCAUACCAUCCCUGCAGGUGUCGGGCGAGGUGGUGACUGCCGUACUGGGUCUGCUGGAGGAUAGCCAACCGCAGGUGCGCAUGCUAGCAUGCCAGGCUGCUGCAGCGUGUGUCCCCGAGCAGCUGGCCGUGCGGGCCCUGGCAGCACGGCUCGAGGACGACUCGCGCCAAGUGCGCAUGGCCGCUGCUCGCGCCCUCGAGAACCUCGCCCUGGAUGGCCUCGAGGAGGCGCUCGACGCACUCGCCCUGCAUGCCACCAGUUCCGGCAACGAUGCAGCAACAGGAGGCAGCGGAGGACGGGAGAGCGCCGCUUCCUAUCAUGAGGCUCUCAGCCGAUUCUCCGACACGAGUUCGCAGCUGGAAAUGGAGGAAGGUUUGCCCGGCUGAACAAGCAUGUUUCCAAACCUUGUUUAGGAAGCACAUCGUACUACAUUGCAACCAGGUCCGCAACUCUCAUAAAAACUGCCCCAUUUCAUCCACCUGUCAGCUACCAGUAUUGAAAAAAAACCAAAAGACAAAGGAAACUGUUUGUUCCACAGUCAAACUGCUGUUACAACAGAAUCCCCCCCUUUAUUUUUAAUUCUCAUGCUUCGGCACAUGUACAUAGUCCAACAUUGUGUAAUGCUUUCGUUUAGUUCCAUUUGUCGUGGCAUUGCGUUGUGAACUGGAGACUUCCAUAGUUCCUGGUUGAGUCCGUUGUUUAAGUUAAUGAGAGAGAAAAUAUGUGUUUAAUGUUGCUGCCAAGAUCCGGUAUUUCCAGCACCUGUUAAAGCAGUCAGCAGUUUCAUUACAUGUGCGUUGUACAACUCAUAGAAUUUCUUGAACUGUGGCAAUUGUUCAGCUGUCUGCUAGUGGCCUCUGAAAGAUGACUCUGUUGACAGAAUGUGUUUAAAAGGUUGAUGGCAUCUCCCUUGUCUGCCCCUAAAAGUGCUCCACAGUAGAAGCUAGUGCAAACAACACACACGAUACUGAUCGUGACACUUUGUCAGCGUGGUAGUUAACUUACUGCUCUCUCUUACGAGUAAAAAAGAAAGCAGAAAUGGACUGGUAGCCGUCACGGACUGAGUGUACUCAUGAAUGCUGUGCAUUGGUUCCACAAGGAAUGAACUGAGAACAGUAAAAAAUGAGUACAUUGUGUACCUGCAGUUAGGAACUGUGAGUAGCAUGUUAGGUUAGGUAUUAGACAAACUGCUGGCCUCAACAAUGUUAAUAGUUGUUGUUACACAUAGGCAGUGCUCAGAAGCUGCAGCCAUGGUGCAUUCUGUAUACAAGGUGCAGCAAUAUGAAUGGGAACACCCCAAUUUGUGUUCCAGACUGUUAAAGGUCCUUGCCUUUUUUGUGGCCAAAUGACAAGGUGCCAUGAAGUACUUACAGCGUUUUUCACUGGUCGAUUCGGAGCAGGAUUUCUUUGCUCUGUGGCAACGAAUCCAAAUUUCACUGGUCGAUCUGGAGCGAGUUCGCGCUUUCCGCUGGUCAUUUCGGAUCAUCUUGCUCCGCGCUGAUCGCUCUCACUUGCUCCGCCACCGAUCGCUCUCACUUGCUCCACCACCGAUGCGCGGAUUCGGGCAGAAAUAGCUCGCAUCACUUCCGUCUUAAAGCAGAAUCGGCACCCGGUUGGUACGCACAACAUUGUGUUGCUUCGCAAUAUGGCUGCGUUCGGUGCAGCUGCAGCGGUCGCGUUUAACAAUGAGAGCUCGAACGACAGCGAUUACGAGGUGAUGCAGGUGCUGUACGAAGCUUUCUAUGCACGUUGUCCAUACAAAAUCUUUGCGGGCGUGACAUGGAAAUGAUGGACUCUGGGACUGCUGCGGUCAAAUUACGCACGGGGGACUGCGGGGGAUGGCGACUUUGGCUGCCAUGGAAACGAACAGAGCAGAAGUCAGGCAUGGCUUACGGAUCCGGUUUGUGUCACGUGUACGCAGACUUCCUGUGUGAUCCCCCGCGGAGCGUUUUUGCGCUCCACUGGCCAAUUCGGAUUUGUGAAACCCGAGCGCUCACUCAAGGAUUUCGGUGGCCGCUCUAGAUCGACGAGUGAACAACGCCAUUAGUUGAAUGAAGUGUCAUUAGCAUAUGCCUGCAAGUGGUAUUCCAACUCUUGCUUCUGCAGUACCUGCUCACUGAGUAUUGAUUAGACAUUCUAUUUCAUAUAUACGACCCCUGUACAUGAACAGAGCUCGACCCCGAUAGCACAGACGAUACCCUUGACCCAUAGACUUCUCUUCUGGUGUCAGUUCCCUUUGAUGAACUGCAUGCAUUGUUGUAUUUGGUCUCCCAUAGCAGCCCACUUUAGCUCAAACCUAUUCAAAGCUGUUGGAGUUGCAAAGGAAACAGAUCUUGCUGGUUCUUUGUAGAGACCGGCCCCGGUAGUGCUGUGAAGUCAAUAGCUCCAGCAUUGAGCCUACUGUCUGUACAGUAGAAGGCUGAUCCAUUGAUCCGUGCCACAAAGUCCAUUGCAUUACCACGAACAAUCGAGGCAAUGCUAAGUACAGUCUGCUACGUUAGAUUAGCGCAGUGCAGCAAAUCUGUGCCAAGUUAACUCAUUUGUUGUGCAGGGUUAUCGCCUGCAGUAAACAUCAAUUCACUGUACUCAGAGGACUGAGGAGUAGCCAGUCAGGCUUUUAUCUUAGUGCAAUCCUUUACUACUACUACUACAGCGUUGCUCUAGACGCAGAGUGUAACAGCAGUCUGCAGCGAAAUGUUGGCAAUAAAGAGAAGUGUUUAAAAAGUCUU